AGCCGCGUCGAAUGGUGUAUGUAUCGUCUUUCUACGAUGAAAAAAAAAUUAGAUACGUCAUAGAAUUUUUUCCAGUUUUUUUACAAUUUACUUGACCAAUUGCUGUAACUAGUCAAAAAAUCGCAACUUUCGAAAAUAAAAUAGAUACGACCACACUACUAGUAUGUUAAAAAGUUACAGCACUCUUUUCCUGAGUCGAACAUUGAUUUUAAGGAGAUACAGCAUUUCAGCCGCCCUAAAAUCUUACGAUGUCGAACAUACAGCAAAUGCGCCGACCUGACGUGAGUACUUAUAAAAUAGUUACUGCAUUUCAAACGUAUCAUCUAAUAGCGAAAAUCUUACUAACAUCAUUAGAAUAGAGUUUUGUUUUGUGUACAGCAAGGAAUACGUCGCUCUAGCAAAACAAACCCCCUCCACCCGCUGCGUCAUACGCCAUUCUGAUCGCGCGGCAGUUGUGCGUUAGCGCCGAUAGUGAGAACGCGGAAUUGUACAUUCUUAAAAUAUUAUUUUAAAACAUUUUUAUUUGUGGUUUACGUGCUUAGAGAUAAUAAAUGGCAAACUUCAGGAGUACAGGUACGUAAUAGAACAAUUAAAUUAACCUUUUUUUAGUGAAAUGUGUUGAAAGUCUGUUUAUUUUAGGAUACUUAUUACCUAACAACAAUGGUAUGAGUAUAAUAAAUGCUAGGAUAGUAGCAAAUAAGUAAAGGACACUAAAAACAUACCUACUUUUUCGUCAUAGGCAGCUUUAUUGUUGAGUUUAUUAGUAUACGAGUAAGUUCAGAAUUUGUCGAAUAAGCAGCUAGUAAACAAACUGAGUUAUGUUUUUAACCCCCAAUCCCGAUGAGUUAUUUAAGUAGGUAGGUAAUUUAAAGUAGGUGAGUAACAGGUAGUCGCUGACUUAUUCGUUAAUUAAAAGGUUAUCUAUUACUAGGUUAUUUUUCUUUUUUUUAGAUAUCUAUUGACCGGUGCAGUGUUGAAGGAUUACGUCACAUUAUAAGAACCGAAAUACGAGUACCUACUCAGAGAAAAGAUGGAACGUCAACGAUGGAAGGAACAAUUAAAGCAUAAAUUAUUAAUAGAUAAAGAGCAACCAAAAAAGCGAAAGAUUGAGAUUUUGGAAGAUGUUUUGUACAAAAAAGAUGGAACGAAAAUAAAAGUGGUCGAGAAGAAAAUAUUGCCUAACCACUCAUCGCUUCCAACAACUCCUCACCAGCCUAAAGUAGCUACAAUAGAUGUUAAAGACCUUACCCCCACCUUUCGCGACCCUGAAUGUUACAUGUCUGAAACAAGGAAAAUUAUUGAAAAUAAUGAUAUGUCUUCAGUUUCACAAAAUCCUUGCACGUCUUUAAAUGACUUAUUCCAGGAGUUUCCUUUGAUUUCAUCAGACGGUGAAACUGAUUCAAAUAUUAUUAACAACAACUUAUCUAGCACUAUUCAAGAUGCAAGCCACAUAAUUAAUAAAAUUCUAGUGACUGCUGAUUCCGAAGAAUAUUCGGUACCAAACAAUGUCAAAACAGAAGAAUCCUGGCCGGCGACCCAUCAAAAUUCUUUCAACGCAGAUGAAGUCCCUGAAAUGAAAGUAUACUUACCUGUUUGCAACCCCAUUAGUCCUAGCGCCACAGAAAGCCUUUCUAUUGUGGAGACAUGUUUACCUGUAACCGAUCAGAAGAAUCCCAGCUUCGCUGAAGUAUGCCCUGAAAUAGAAGAGUGUUCAACAGGUACUGAUCUGAAAUCUCCUAGCACAACUCCUGAUAAUCCUCCUGUAAAAGAAUAUUUAGUUAGAACAGAUACACACAUUUCUUCCGCCUCUGAAGAAUCAAUGGAAAAUAAAGAUUGCCUACCUGUGAUAAUGAAAAAGUGUCCAAACACCGCUAAAGUUACGCCUGAUGCUGCAAAUGCAAAAGUUACUCCAAUUCCAAAAGAUACUGAAGCAAGUACUAGUAAUGAUACUCAAGAAUAUAUUUCUCCUGAAAAAAAACGCAUGAGUAGAUGUCUACCAAGGAAUUGUAAAAAGAAAUUAAAUUUUGAUAUUAUCAACUGCAAACCUUAUCUUGAUUUUAUUGAAGAAGAUGAUGCUACCACCUUAUUGCUUAAUGAGGCAUUCCCGUCAGAAGCAUCCAGCUGUUCAUUCAGUGAUAACGAGUCAUCCGAUGAUUCAGCAUCCAGCAAAACUAAAAAAAAUAAGACCAAGAAAAAACAGGGCAAGGUACUGAAAAAGAAACAGAAAAAAGUUAAUAUGAAACAAACGAGUAAGUCAAAUGAACACAAUACAGAUCGGGAAUUGCAAGUAGAAGAAAACGUUUUAAUACCAAAACCUAAACCAAAGAAAUCUGCUAAAAAAGAAAAUAAAAUUAAAAGAGCUCACGGUCAGACUUACACUACCCAACAAGGAGAUGAAGUUGCAUCUAAAUGCAUGAAAACUAAUCCCUGCAAAUAAGUAGCUUGUAAACGAAACUGUGGAGAUAUACCCGAUACAAGACGUCAACAGUUAUUUAAUUUUUAUUGGAAUCUUGGCAGUUCUCAACGCCAAAGAGACUGGAUAUCUAAAUGCGCUAUAAAAAAGAAUGUUGGCCAACAUACAACAGAUAAGGGUGAUUCAUCCAGAAGAAGUGUUACAUAUGAUUAUUAUAUAAAUGAAGGAGAUGAAAGGAGACAAGUGUGUCAAAAAUU